CUUCUAACUUCUAAGUAUCAAACUUGUACCUCGUUCUGUUCCCCUUAAUUUUCAAACUUUGUUGUCACACGAUCACCUAAACUCUCUCCCAUGGCCCUUUCGUGGCUCUGUUCUCCAAAAUUUCUCGGCUUCCUUGUACUCCUCUCAGCCGUAACCGUCGGCAUCAUCGUCUCGUUAGAACGAGCACAACCCACGACUCAUGUCUAUCACUACCACAGUACUGGCUGGUUCAGAGAAUGCGCUAAGUGGGACCCUGUUCACCACCGCUUUAUUGUGUCUUUCUUCGAAGGUGGUGUUGGUUCGGUUUCAGUAACAGAUAAAAAAUCGCCUGUGACAUUAUUGGAGGAGGUAACAGUGGUCAAAGAGCCAAACUUGUCAGGAAAUGCAUCUUUGGGUAUGGUUAUCGAUACACCCGGAAAUCGGGUUCUAGUGGUUCACGCUGACGUAUUCGGAAAUCGAUAUGGUGCACUUGCAGCCUAUGAUCUCUCCACGUGGAAUCGCAUCUUUCUUACCCAACUCACCGGUUCGAGCGAUGAGAAAUCUUUUGCAGACGAUGUUGCAGUUGAUGCAGAAGGCAAUGCUUAUGUCAGCGAUGCAAAAGCCAAUAAAAUCUGGAAAGUUGGGGUGGAAGGGAAGCUUCUAUCAAUCAUAAGAAGCCCACUUUUUACUCCAAAAGAUUGGUACAAUAACUUGGUUGGGCUAAAUGGAAUUGUUUACCACCCAGAUGGAUUCCUUAUAGUGGUUCACACAUUCAGUGGCAACUUGUUCAAGAUUGAUUUAACAAAAGGAGAGGAAGUGAACAUUAUAAAGGUAGAGGGAGGACCCCUUUAUUUUGGAGAUGGUUUAGAAUUACUAACUUCUACUAAGUUGGUAGUUGCUGGGAAUCCUUCUGCGAGGUUAGUGGAGAGUUCAGAUGGGUGGAAUACAGCUUCUGUUGUGGCAACAUUCUCAGGGCCUAGACAUCGCUUGGCCACAGCAGCAACCGUGAAAGAUGGGAAGGUGUAUUUAAACCAUAUUCUUGGAAUUGGAUAUCCUAAAAGGAAGCAUGCUAUUGUUGAGGCAGUCUUUUGAAUGAUACUUUUUUCAAUAAAUCUAAACAGUGGGGAAUUGGGGAUAUGUUGGAAUCAUACAUUUAUGAUUUUAGUGGACGUUUUAUUAGAAUUUGGUGUGCCUUGGCUUAUUUUUAUGUUUGGUUUUGUAACAUUUCUUUUCCUCAAUGGUUUACGUUGA